CGGCUCCAUUUCCAAGUCGAUUGCAGAAAAAAUGUGGGAGGGCUAGAAAAGUUUUGAGUGAGCCACUUCCUCGUCCAGCCCAGCUGGGAGACAGAAAGGGGGAAUGUCAGAUAGGGAGAGGGGGGAAGUGCAGUAACAACUUCCCAGCAGCAAAAUGGCCUUUUAAAACCUUGACAACAGGAGGCAAAUUCCUCCCCCUGGCAGCAGCGGAAGCGAUGAGUGUUCAGAGGGGAGGUGACUGACUCCUCUCCCUCUCCCCAGAGCAGGAGGCGAGCUUCGCCGGGAGUCCUGCCUGUGCAUCUCGCUCCACCCUGCCCAGGACUUGCCCCCGCUCCGAACUCCCGCAUUUGCAGCGGGGCGCGGGGCAGGCAGAGCGAGAGAGCAGCCGCCGCCGCCUCCGGAGCGCAGAGAGAGAGAGAGAGAGAGAGAGACGUGGGGGAGGGACCCCGCCGGGCGCAGCUGAGUGCUGGGGGGCGCAGCCCUGCCAUGUCCCCGGGGAAGCCGGAGUCGGGCUAAGUGGCUGUACGCGCAGCGGGGAGAGCUCUUCAGGACCAUGAAGCAGCCAGGGCAGCUCUUCCUCCGCCUGCUGCUCCUGCUCUGCCUCGCCAAGAUCGAACCUGCAGCUGCCUGCCUUAAAGAUUGCAGCUCAAUAAAUGUAAAUGCAACAACAACAGAAAUCAAUAUAGACGCAUUACCAGAAAACUUUACAAUAAGCAAUGUAACUUUUGCAAAUGGAACACUGUUCCAGAAUUCACCACAGAACAAUUCAAUAAGAGGUCUUUCCCCUGGUGUACAAUACAUUAUCAACUUUCAAAAUGAUACAGAAUCAUGCUGCAAAAACAUUACAACAAAACCCAGUGCAGUUUUCAACCUCAAAGUUAUAAAUGUCAGCACAACAGAAGUAACCUUGACAUGGGAAAACAGUGAUGCUGAGGCUUCUGAGUACACUUAUAGGGUACUCUAUGAAGUUCAUGGAACUUCAUCUCCAGAAAACAUCACUUCUCCAAACAAGUCUGCUACCAUUACAGGAUUAAAACCUGGUACCUUGUAUGCAAUUACAGUCUUCGCACAAGUUGCAGGGACUGACGGAAACGCCAGCACCAUAGAGAUCUAUACAAAGCCCAGUCCAGUUUUUGACAUCGAGGCCACAAAUAUCAGCACAGAACAAGUGAUCUUAAUAUGGAAAAACAAUGACACUGCUGCUCCUAAUUACACAUAUGUGAUAUACAUUGAUGGGAAUGGAACUUCUCCUACUCAGAACCAAACCGCCCAAAACGAAAGUGCUGUAAUUGUGGGAUUACAGCCUGGUACUCCUUAUAACUUCACAAUAGUUCCACUAGCAGCGGAUAAUACGACCACAGGAGACUCAAGAGUCCUACGCAUCUAUACAAAGCCCAGUCCAGUUUUUGACAUCGAGGCCACAAAUAUCAGCACAGAACAAGUGAUCUUAAUGUGGAAAAACAAUGACACUGCUGCUCCUCUUUACACAUAUGUGAUAUACAUUGAUGGGAAUGGAACUUCUCCUACUCGGAAACAAACCUCCCAAAACGAAAGUGCUGUAAUUGUGGGAUUACAGCCUGGUACUCCUUAUAACUUCACAAUAGUUCCACUAGCAGCGGAUAAUACGACCACAGGAGACUCAAGCAGUCAUACACAUCUGUACAAGAUAGUUCAGAAUUUAUCAAGUCACAGUGAUAAUGGGAAUGUUUCCUGGAAUCCAUAUGCUGCACCAGUGUCUUCAUUUAACUGUACACAAGUGACUAAAGAAGCUAAGUUAACACUAAAGUGGGAGCGCCCUGCUGGUGACAUUACUAACUUCACCAUUAAGACAUUCAGUGAUGCCUGGAGCAAUGAAACACUGGUUUUGGCUAGUGACCUAGAUACAACUGUAACAAAUUUAAAUUAUUCCACCUCCUACAGUGUUAGUAUUAUAACCCGUUCAUGUGGGAAAGAAAGCCUUCCAAAACAAAUAACAUGUGUUACAAGUAUCACUGACCCACCUGCUCCAGUAGAAAAGCCUAAUAUUACGUCAAUCACUCACAACUCCUUUAAAAUUCAGUUCAGUGCGUUUGUGUCAAAAAAUGGACCGCUAAAGGCCUAUGCAAUAGUAAUCACAACAGCUAAAGAAGGCAAUAAACCUACAAAUAGCAGCUUGAGCUAUACAUACAAGGACUUCAAGGAAAAGAAAACAAACACUUACGUAACAUAUGUCAAAAACAUUACGCAAAUGAGAGCCUUUUCCUCCCGUUCAGAUAGUUCACAAUAUGAAAUGGAAGUAGGAAAUGCAGGCACAUCGGAUGGCUAUGCCAAUGCACGGCUGGAACCACUUGGUUCAUACCGGGCGAGUGUUGCAGGUUUCACUAAAAUGGAACUUAACAAUGGUAUUGUUGAAGAGAGAAGCUACGUAUCAUUUACACCUUAUUCUCAGGAAAUUCUAUUACCCCAGGAUCCAGGUGUCAUCACUGGAGCUGUUAUUGGAUGUAUUUUGGGUGCUGUGGCUAUAACUACUGUAGUGGUAUUCGUUUUCUGGAGACGGAGAAGGAAAGAUGGAAAAAAUAGUGAGCUGCCCUUUUCUCCAAUUAGACCCAAGAAAUCCAAGUCAAUUAAAGUUGAAAACUUUGAGUCCUACUUUAAGAAACAGCAAGCUGACUCGAACUGUGGAUUUGCUGAAGAGUACGACGAACUCAAGUCGGUGGGCAUUAAUCAGCCUAAAUUUGCAGCUGAACUUACUGAGAACAGAGGGAAAAAUAGGUACAAUAAUGUCUUGCCAUAUGACAUUUCCCGUGUUAAACUUUCAAUCCAAAACCAUCCAACUGAUGAUUAUAUUAAUGCAAAUUAUAUGCCCGGAUACAACUCCAAGAAAGAAUUUAUUGCUGCACAAGGCCCCUUACCCAACACUGUGCAAGACUUCUGGCGCAUGAUUUGGGAAAAAAAUAUCUAUGCUAUUGUUAUGUUGACAAAAUGUGUUGAACAAGGCAGGACAAAAUGUGAGGAAUAUUGGCCAGACAAAGGAUCCAACUAUUACGAUGACAUUACUGUAACAUUGGUCUCAGAGUAUGUCCUUCCAGAAUGGACAAUAAGAGACUUCACAGUGGAAGACAGGGAUGCAACUGAAAGCCACUCUGUACGCCAGUUCCAUUUCACUUCCUGGCCUGACCAUGGUGUUCCAGAGACAACAGACCUUCUUAUUAACUUCAGACAUCUGGUACAGGAAAACAUUAGACAAAAUCCCCCAGAUUCUCCUACUCUGGUGCACUGCAGUGCUGGUGUUGGCAGGACAGGUACUUUCAUUGCAAUUGACCGCCUGAUCCAGCAAAUAGAAAUGGAUAACAUCAGUGAUGUGUAUGGAGUAGUAUAUGAACUUCGAAUGCAUCGACCUUUAAUGGUGCAAACAGAGGACCAGUAUGUCUUCCUAAACCAGUGUGUUUUGGACAUUAUUAAAUCCCAAAGAAACAAAAAAUCAGACCUUAUCUACCAAAACACAACAGCAAUGGCAAUCUAUGAAAAUUUUGCACCAACACCAAGUUUUGAGAAGGCAAAUGGCUACCAUGCAUAACCAGAGAGCGAAGAAAUGUCACUAGGAAGCCAUUACUGUCCUGCACACAGGAAAACGAAAUGCACUGUUAUUGUACAUGUGUGUGUACAGUGUCUUUUAUUAUUUUUUCAGUCUUGUAUAUCAAAUUUGAAGAUGCCCGUGUAAAAAUGUCAUUUGGAGUUGUGGGUUAGUAUAAAAAGAAGCUGUAAGUUAACAGAGGAAAUUGCUUUAUCUUGGGAACUUCACAAUACUAGUAGGCGAAACAACAUUUGCAGUACAAACGGUGAAGUAGAUGAUAAAUAUUAAAAAUAACAAAUUACAAAGGCUCUUUUUUAAUUACAAUUUUGUAUGAUUUCAUAUACAGAUACCUGGCUUGUGGGCUGUGGAAUAUAUUUUAUAAAAGUCAGGAACAUAUUUUAUCUACUGUACCUGGUUACUUAGUUGAUGGAUAUAUGCUUCAUUGUGAUUUGUCCUUAGUGUUCCGUUUGAUUUAUAAGAAGGAGUACAAACGCCUCCUACAAAUGGAUGUUGAUAUUUGGAAAUUGUGCCUUUUCUGGUUAUUACUCUGUAGACAAAAAUAAUCAGAGCCCUAUAUUUUUGUAUUGAGACUUCUAAUUAGAAUAUAGAUUUUAACUGUAGUAACAUUGCUGGCGAGACGCUCCUAGAUUUUGGUAGUGAUCUUCCCCUUUUUGUAUUCCAUCACAACCUUCAGAGGCCUUAUAUCACAGUGCCUCAGUCUAGAGGAAAAGGAGGGUAAGGGUUGUGUGUCAUUCUGAGCUUUAGUGCGCGUGUGUGUGUGUGUGUGUGUGUGUGAGAGAGAGAGAGAGAGAGAGGGGGGGGAAGCAACUCCUCCCAUUUCUGGCUGAUAUUUCUGAUUUAUAGAGUUUAUAAGGAUUUAUUUAAAGGUGCAAUAUGUGAUUUAUUGAAUAAUGAUUGCUCUACUUAAAGAGAGCUUUACUCAGGUUGUCUCUUUUUUAAUUAUUGUUUUUUUUCUUAAAUAUAUAAAUCUGUGAAAAUUUCAGACUGAGAAUUCACAUGUCAAAGUGCUCCCAAACAGGUUCACUGGCUUUAUUCAAUUUAGCAAAAGUAAAUGCACAAAUAUCUACUGUAUAUAUCAAUUACUAGAAUCUGUUGUUUUAGCCUGUCAAAACUGAGAUGUGUUUUAUCUUGGUGCAUCUCAAAAAUAUAAUUUAACUGUUUUAUAAUUGUUUCCAAUAUGCUGCUGCUGCUAUUUUAACUGAUCCUUUUUUAAAAACCUAGAUAUUAAUAUUACAUGUCAAGGGCUAAUUUGGAUUUAUUUUGCUGGUACAUUAAUGUUAAACGUAUGAAGGCAUUACCAAUGAAGGACUUAUUUGUUAUUUUUAAGGGGUACUGGGUGUUUUUUUCUUCUUUGGAUCAGUGCACUGGUUGCAUUGCAAAGUAAGAAGUUCAGGAACAUCCAUAAAAUAGCUGUUAAAGUCUUAUGAAGGUUUAAUAGCCAGCGUACCUGGGAUUCUGCAGCAUUUGAAAGCCAGUUUGUAUGACAAAGAUGACAAAAACUGCUGCAAAUUUUGGAAAUGAUUGUGGCACUACAAUGGGUAGCUGGCUGCCCUGUAGAAUCCAUUGUUGAAUGAAAAAUCCCAGGCAUCCUGGCCUCUAUAGUCCCACAUCUGUGAACUUAAGUACUGGCAACAGUAAUUCUUAUUCGGUAAUGGAAGUGUGUCAUUUAAGCAAAACUGGAGGGAUACCCACACCACGGUUUGACCAGGACUCAUAACAGCCAUUUGUUGUGUUUAUUUUAUUUUUUCUUCUUCUUAUCUGAAAUAUUUAAAAUCUAUCAAACCGUCCCACCAGACUCCUUCUCAAAUGGAAAUUGCAAUCGUGAUUUUUUUUACCCUGCAUCCUUUCUAAGGUGCCAUUAGAUCUCAACGAAAUGCAAAUGCAACAACUUCUUCACUUAGCUUGGCAGCACAGAUCAAACCAAAAAAAUCCCUAAGGCUUCACUAGAGAGAAGGGCCUGCCCCUCUACAUUGUUGGGGGAGGGAGUGUUUGUUUUUCAUUUAAAUACUACUACUCUCUGUGGUAGUGCAGUCUUAAGGUACCAUGGAAAUGCAUGGCUGGUCAGAAAUCGUUAUUUCUGGGACAGCCCAGAAGGUCUUUAGUCCAAGAAUACUGCACUUGGUUUAAAAAGUGACUAUCUUGUGUAGCAGAGAAGAGCAGUGAAUGCAUUGUCUCUCAUAGUGUUUGUGCUGUGGAUUCUGCACUUGCUUUAUAUAGUGGAUGCAUCUGCAUUAUAUAGCAGCAGAACCUCAGAAAACUAGCUAUAACUGUGACUAUCUAUUUCGGUCUAAACACCUAUUUUUAGAUUGUUGCAGUAGCAGGUGAUUAAAAGUGGGAUCCUAGAUACAAUUUGUUUCCAUUAGGAAAACAAUAGAAUAAAUAUUUGUCAAGAGAUUCCUGAGAAGUAAAUAAAAACUCUAUCCAAUCAAAUCCUUUUAUGGAUUCCAGGUUCCCAAGACAAAUAUCUGCUAAAUCAGGAGAGAGUCUGAUUUCCCCGCUUAUGAAUUAAAUGUGAGAAGAACACAAUAGAUGAGAUUACAGGGCCAAUCCUGCCUGACUAAAACAGUCACUAUUCCCAAUCAAGUCUAUUACCCAGAGAGGCCAAAAAGAAUUUUCCAAGCUCAGUGGUUUGAACAUUGGCCUGCUAAACCUAGAGUUAUGAGUUCAAUCCUUGAGGGGGCUAUUUAGGGAACUGGGGCAAAAAUCCAUCUGGGGAUUGGUCCUGCUUUGAGCAGGGGGUUGGACUAGAUGACCUUCUGAGGUCCCUUCCAACCCUGAUAUUCUAUGAGCAAGGCAUGCAGGCUCAGGCCAUAUAGUUUUUAGUGGACAGAAAAGGUUGAUUAAUGCUUAAAGUGAUGUAUCCAUGAAGUUGGGUGUUGUUCCACUGUGACUAACUAGGACAGGCCACAUAGGAACUCCCACUGGAAGGAAUGGGUCUUACAGGUAAUUUUUUAUCUUAGAGAGAUUCCCUCUAACCAAGAUGACUUGAAUAGGAUUCUAGCAUAUGUUUCUCAUCUACAAACUGAUUUUCUAUGUCUUUAGUUUCUUUUGAUUCAGGACUAAAGGUUGCUAUUUAUACUGUCUUGUUGCUCUUUAUUCUGUUCAUUCAGUGCUUAUUGUUGGUGGUGCUUGCCUAAAGUAAUCUGCUUUCCCAGCCUCAAAACUCUCCUGUGUUACAAAACUGGGUUUUCUAACUGGGGUGGUUGUCUUUUUUCCUUCAAUUUGGGACCCUUUUAAAAAGGGAAAUGUUCACGUGUGUCAAAUAAGGGUUGCUUUUAGUUGAAUAUUUUGAUGUACAAAUUUCAGUGUUUUUCAUACAGCUGUACAGAAACUUGUAGCACAUUGUCUUAAUUUUUUAAUAGUUUGUUUUAAAGAUAAAGAUAAUUAAAAAGCAUUAACUUAGA